AUCGCUGGGAGAAGAUCUUCAAGGUCACACAGGAAGUUAUAGGUCUGACCAAUCAGAGCAGGAUGUUGGCAGGUUUGGCAGUUUUAACCUCUGACCCUGCAGCAGUUAUGGACCUGGAUCAGGACUCAGGGAUUCCUGCUGUUGUUCUCCAUCAGACUGCAUCUCCAUCUCCUCACUGCCACACUGAAGACGAAGAGGAGUAUCUGAACCAGGAGAAACACGGGGGCCAUAGGGAACAGAACACCAAAGUUCAUAGGUUGGAUGACGUUUCAGCAGGUCAUUGUCACCUGGUGAGGCAGAGCUCCAGAGGAUCGAUUGUCCACGUGGCCAAAAAUCAGCUCAACGCCGUGACCAACGUUCAGAUGUUUGUAGAGCUGAAGGAGCUGGUGAAAGACAAGAACCAAGACCUGCAGUGGAGGGAGACGGCUCGAUGGAUCGGGUUUGAGGAGGAUGUGGAGGAGGAGACGGAGCACCGGAGAAGACCUCACAUUGCUUCGAUGUCCUUCCACUCCCUGCUGGAGCUCCAAAAACUCCUCUCCCACGGUGUCGUACUCCUGGACCUGAAGCAGAAAACUCUGCCAGACAUCGCUCAGCAGGUCGCGGAGCAGAUGGUGAUCACAGAUCAGAUUAAGUCUGAAGACCGAGCCCAUGUGCUGAGAACUUUGCUGCUUCCACACAGUCAUUCCAGUGAUCAGCAGGAUCACAGCUGGUUCAGCAGGAACAUCUCAUUCACCAGCCGUUCCUCCCUGAUGGAGAUACACAAUGGCCAAUCAGAGCUUUGCACAAAGGUGACCAAUCACAGCGAGGCUGAUGUCAACAAGAACGAGGGCAGAUCAAAACAUGACGGGAAGCUGAUGGACAAGAUCCAAGAGCGAGCUGAGGCCACUGUCAUCCUUGCGGGCCAUGUGGGGUUCCUGGACCAGCCCUCCAUGGUGUUUGUACGUCUGCAGGAGGCGGUCUUGUUGGACUCUGUUUUGGAGGUUUCCAUCCCAGUCAGGUUCUUCUUCCUCCUGCUGGGCCCUCCAACUGCCAACAUUGACUACCACCAGAUUGGGUGCUACAUCUCCACACUGAUAUCAGACAAGCAUUUUCAUGAAGCAGCAUACCAAGCAGAGAAGCAGCAGGAUCUAGUGACAGCCAUCAACCGUUUCCUGGACUGCAGUGUAGUUCUCCCCCCGUCUGAAGUCAGCAGUAGUGAGCUGCUUCUCUCACUCACUCGUUUCCAAAGAGAAAUUCUUCAAGGAGGAGAGAAAGAGCAGAGCAGCCAGCUGCAGGAGAAACAGAUCAGCCUUCAGCAGGACAAAGACUCUCUUGUACACUUUAAGUCCAGCGAAGUUCCUCUGAGGCGUUCGGGUCGUCUCUUUGGAGGUCUGAUCAAAGAUGUGAUGCGGCGAUACCCUCAGUACCUCAGUGACAUUCAAGAUGCUCUGAACCCUCAGUGUAUGGCAGCCAUUAUCUUUAUUUACUUUGCUGCUUUAUCUCCUGCCAUCACCUUUGGUGGACUGCUCGGUGAGAAGACAGAGGGUCUGAUUGGUGUGUCGGAGUUGAUAAUUGCCACGGCGUUGCAGGGCAUCGUUUUCAGCGUCCUGGGAGCUCAGCCUCUGUUGGUGAUUGGUUUCUCUGGACCACUGCUGGUUUUUGAAGAAGCUUUCUACACAUUCUGCAAAGACAAUGAGAUAGAGUACUUGACAGGUCGGGUCUGGAUAGGGUUUUGGCUGGUACUGAUUGUCAUCCUCACUGUGGCCUUGGAGGGAAGCAUCCUGGUUCGUUUUGUUUCUCGCUUCACUCAAGAGAUCUUCUCCUUUCUCAUCUCCCUCAUCUUCAUCUAUGAGACCUUUGCCAAGCUGGUCAAGAUCUUUAAGGAGCACCCACUCCAGAACUGUUUCCAUGGAAACAACACUGGGUCUCUAUCUUUGUGCAACUACUCCAUGACUGCUGGGAGUCCUGGUAAAGCUGUUGGAGAACCAAACACCGCGCUGCUCUCAUUGGUCCUUAUGGCGGGAACAUUUUUCAUUGCUUUCUACCUGCGGAAGUUCAAGAACAGUUCCUUCUUCCCAGGAAGGAUUCGUAGGAUCAUUGGAGACUUUGGCGUUCCCAUUGCAAUCCUCAUUAUGGUUCUGGUGGACUACAGUGUGGAAGACACCUACACCCAGAAACUGAACGUGCCCAGUGGAUUCUCCGUGUCCAGUCCAGAGAAGCGUGGUUGGCUGAUUUCUCCGUUAGGUUCGGACGGGCAGUUUCCAGGUUGGAUGAUGGGAGCCAGCAUCCUGCCGGCCAUCCUGGUCUUCAUCCUCAUCUUCAUGGAGUCCCAGAUCACAGCGCUGAUUGUCAGUAAGAAGGAGAGGAUGCUGGUGAAGGGAACUGGGUUUCACCUGGACCUUUUAAUUAUUGUAGUGGUGGGCGGAGUCUCAGCCCUGUUCGGUCUGCCUUGGUUAUCUGCUGCCACGGUUCGCUCAGUCACCCAUACCAAUGCGCUGACCGUCAUGAGCAAAGCAGUAGAGCCUGGAGAUAAGCCUCUCAUCCAGGAGGUGAAGGAGCAGAGGGUGACGGGGUUUUUGGUGGCGGUUUUAGUAGGUCUGUCCAUCGUUAUCGGAGAGGUUCUACGUCAAAUCCCCCUGGCGGUGCUGUUUGGUAUCUUCCUCUACAUGGGUGUGAUGUCCCUGAAUGGGAUCCAGUUGACAGAACGACUUAUCUUCCUGCUGAUGCCACCAAAGUACCAUCCAGACCACAACUACGUCCGCAAGGUGAGGACGCUAAGGAUGCACCUGUUCACCCUGGUCCAGCUGACAUGUCUGUCUCUGCUGUGGGUUGUCAUGGCGACUGCAGCGGCGCUGGCGUUCCCCUUCAUGCUGCUGCUGACCAUCCCUCUGAGGAUGCUGCUGCUGCCCUGCCUCUUCAGCCCCAGAGAGCUUCUGAGUCUGGAUGCUGAUGAUGCAGAGCCCCACCUAGAGGAGAAGGAGGGUCAGGACGAGUACUCUCAUCUGCAGAUGCCCAUAUGAGGUGCUGCAGAGCUCUGAUUGGAUCAGAACCGGACCAUUUACACCUCCUAAACAUUUGUCAUUUUACUGCUUUCCUUAAUUCUGAACCUGAAAUGCUUUUCUGUAAAGAACCGGAAGUUGCUGCUCAGUAAAAAGUUCUGAACAAA